AUGUUGAGUUCCUCCCUGAGCCCCCAGAAUGGCUCUUGGACUGAGCUCUUCUUUCAGCUUUUGGGUCUUGGCGCCGUCUUCUACCUGGGCUACCACUGGGCCUGUGUGCCCCAGAAGCCUCGGCUGGUGGCGGGGCCGUUUCUGGCCCUCCUGGAGCGACAUUGUCCAGUCACUGUGGAGACAUUCUGCCCUACACUGUGGUGCUUUGAGGGGAGGCUACAAACCAUCUUUGGAAUCUUAGUCGCUCGGCCCCUCGUCUCUUACUGGAGUGAAACCCUCCAAACCCCGGAUGGAGGGCAGCUCCUGCUCCAUUGGGCUGACCAGCGGGACAGCCGUCAGUACCCUGACCCUGCCACCCAACCCAUUGUCUUACUGCUUCCUGGCAUCACGGGAAGUAGCCAGGAGGUGUACAUCCUGCACUUGGUCAAGCAAGCUUUGAGGGAUGGCUAUAGGGCCGUCAUAUUCAAUAACCGGGGCUGCUGCGGGGAAGAACUGCUGACUCACAGGAUCUUUUGUGGCAGCAACACUGACGAUGUGGAGACUGCUGUGAGCCACAUAAAGCACCACCACUCCAAGGCGCCACUGUUAGCCGUGGGCUUCUCUCUCGGAGGGAUACUGGUGCUGAGCUACCUGGGGGCUGGUUCCUUUGAGGCGAUUCGCUCCCUGGAGAGGCCACUCAUGCUGCUCUUCAAUCAGCUCAUCACUGUCAGACUCUGUCAACUUGUGAGCCGAAAUAGGAAAGUGAUUGAGAAGAUUGUGGAUGUAGACUUUGUGCUAAAGGCCCGCACCACGCAGUUUGACGAGCGCUACACAUCUGUGGCCUUUGGCUAUCGACACUGCGAUGCCUACUACCAAGCAAUGAGCCCAAGUACCAAGGCCGACGCCAUCCGGGUCCCUGUGCUCUGCCUCAAUGCAGCUGACGACCCCUUCUCCGCAGCCAAAAUAUGCCAGGGCCGUCUUUCAACACCCCGGGGAGCUGCUUGGCCUCGGGACUCGCCUGCCUUAGGAGAGGGGUGAGAACUGACAGGGGUGCUAUGCAGGGUCUCCGUUCAGUCUGCUCUUUUUUAUUAAAUAAUGUUGUCCGCCCAAUGGGCUCAGGUUCCUUCUCCCCUUCUCCAAGGCCGGGCAGACUCCCCAGGAACUUACUGCAUAUCUGGCCUGGCUGGCUUAGAACCAUGCAGUGCAAGCCCUGGAUCCCUCCUGGUUUUUCCUUCCCCAGCAGACACCAGGGUCUCCACGAGAAGAGCCACUGGCCAUUAGGCUGGGAGGGGGAAGAGAAGGAGGAGAAAUGGGGGACUUCUUCAGGAAGGAUAGCUGCUUCCGCAGGGUCUUGGGCUUCUUCACAUACUUCUGGAGAUAGGACAAGCUCAAGUCGGAAGUCUCGGAAGGCAGAGGGAACAAGGCAGGUGGUGUGUCUGGGGCUUCAGAUGCCACUGUCCUCCGUGAGUGCACAGGCGAGGGCUGUAGGGCUCCCAGGGCCCGGCAGCCUCAGCAGGGGCAGCCUCGACUGGGACCCGAAAUGGAGUGCCCAGUGGGGCCCACGCCUCCACACCUGUGUAGCCGGGGGCGAGGCCCGUGACCUCAGGGGAGGAGGAGCUAGAGGAAGCCCGGGAAGGCGCUCUGGAGCAGCAGGAUGGUCACAACAAUGAGCCCAACACAGAGCAGCAGCAGCAGCCACACGGGGACGCUCCCUGCAGAGAGGGGAGGAGAGAAGUCAACUGACAAAGGGCUUUGCAGCCACUGUGCCUGGGCCAGCUAAGGAGGGGGAGAUGUCUGCCUUUCUCCAGGGGACAGGUUUUUUGGGGGGGAACCGCACUUACGUCGAGAUGGCAGCAGGUGCAGUUGGCAACGACUGUCCACAGCCACAGAGAACAGGGCCGUUUCGUGGGUGCCAAGGAGCUCCGGGCCACGCCCCUUCUCCGGGAGGAAGGCCACAUCAGUCACCACAAUGCCGUGGGCCUCCCGCACAUAGUAGAGGCGCUGCAGGUGGGCGGGAAGAGAGCUGGUGAGGGAAGGCCCAGCUGGGAGGCUUCUUCCCACUGGAAAGCGGCCCCCCGGCCCCCAGACAGCUUUCCCUCCAUAGGGCGGGCCAGAUGCCACUCUGCCCACUCUGGACAGAGAGGCUAGUGGAGAGAGAACCCACUCCACGAACCCUCAGGGCUGUGCCCUCUUCUACCCCUUACCUGGAGAGAGAAGGCAAUAUAGAUGGCAACAGAGCCAGUGACCGUGCCCAGGCCCAGGAAGGUGCCGGACUCACUGCAACAAACAAGUGCAGACUGUCCUGGAGGCCUGCCCCCAGAGCCUCGCUCACCACCCGCGGUCCUGAGGGACACAGGCAGGCCCUACCCCUUGCUCCCCAGCCAGACCUGUCCCACACCUGACACUGAGGCAAGAGAUGACUUCGUGGCCACAGGGCUUGGUCUGAAGGGGCAAGAAGGUAGAACCAUCCCAGGCUGUGAGGUAACAGGGUGGAGGCUGGCGCAGGCGCUUGUGGGGAAUCUGUACAGUGAAGAGUCGCAGCCUAGUGGGCUGGUCUGGAACCUGCCCGAACCUGGGGUCCAGAGAGAAGCUAGUCAGUUCCAGGUGGUGUCACCACCCACCAAAGCCACCACCAUACCCAGCUUGCCCAGUCCCCCACCACAUCUGGGCUGCGCCUCUUGGAGCCACCCUCUGGGGUCUUCACACCUGCAGGCCUGGUAGCGGUAAGGUGUGUUGGAAAAGGUGGGUCCGUUCUCUUGCCAGUGCAGCUGUGUCACCAGCUGGUCCUUCUGCCACACAGAGGCCUUAAGAUCCCAGCCCACAGACACCAACUAAUCAGGAGCAAAGAUUUCAAGGACGGGCAGUUAGGGGAUCCACUUCCAGGAAGAGCAGUAUAGCCGCCUACUUCCUCCGCCCCUCUACCUUCUCACCUUGCCAUCAGGCCCCAAAGCCAGGUCUUCAAUGUCCCCCUCGUGGGCUUUGAACUCCAGAACUUUCUUUAGGCUAGGUACCUGCAGCCAAAGCACUGCUCUGGUUAGCCCUGCCCCCCCAAGCAAGGCCACGCCUUAUCUCCCCACAGCCACUCUGGCAGACAUCACCCCACACACUUCUCAGAACCCCCAUCCCAUCUCUCCCCCUCUGGCCCUUGCCACUAUGGGGAUACUCAUUCACCAGACUACCCCUUCCCACCCCUCCAAAAUCCCAAAUGAAUUUUCAACAACGGCCCACCUUCCAGACCCUAAUGUAGCCAUCCGUGCCUCCCGUGGCAAGCAGGGUGUUGUCAUGGCUGAAGCACACCACUUUCUGCAGAGGCUCAGUGCUGAAGUCUGUCUGCACUGCCUGCAGAUUCUCCACCCGGAGUUCCACCCCCUCCCGCUGGGUCUCCACUGCCGGUUUCUGCUCGGCAGGGGCUGCUCCCUUCCUCUGCCGCGGUCCCUGGUCCUUGGAACCUGCUGAGACACACACGAGAUGCUAGGCCCCAGGAGCACUAACUGUUGUCAGACAGACACCCGGCUUCCAGCCUGCUGCCCCAGUGCCACUCCCAGCCCCCUGGACAGAGGCCAAGGGCUUUUCCUCUUCUCCGUGACCAAAACCCUCCCCACCGGAGAAGGGGCUGCUCCUCACCUGCCUUCUCUGCCUUGCUGCUGCCUUGCUGCUGAUGGGUCUGGAAGCGCAGGAGCUGACAGUGGGCGUCCUGCCCUGCAGCAAGGAUGUCACCAGCCAGGGCCAGGUUCAUGGUGGCCCGCGUCUCUGUGUCAUGCGUGUGUAGCAAGGAGGCGCUCAGGCGCCCAUGAAUCCGUUCUAGCCGCAGGAAGUGCUGAGAGAGGAAGCCGGGAUGGACCGGGUUCAGGGGUACCUAGAGAACACCUCCCUCACCGGCCCGCUGCCAUCGCCGCCGGCUGAAGCCUGACCACUGCGCUUAACGCACUGCCUCGCCCACCCGGCUUUUCUAGGGUCCUAUUCUCUUUGGGCCUCGCGAAGCUGCGCAGCUGCCAGAGCGGGGAGAAGUCCCUCCAAUAACAGACAGACUGGGGGUGGGCACGACCUCAGAAGAGGAAGCUGUGCCCCACUCGCGGAUGCAUGUAGGCAGACAAACACGUCCCGGGGGCCUCCCCGGGAAGUGGCAAGACCCCGCCCGCCGCUGCGUACUUUACGCCCGGCUUUCGCUUCUCCUUCGGGGUCUCUCAGCCGCCGGACGAAGCCCCGCGGCGGGUUGCGGGGCCAGAA